AUGUCAACCACAUACAAGACCGAUCUCCAUUUCCAACAUGAAACCGGCAAAGACGACAACAUCCUCUCCCAAGAAGAACUCCUCUGCUACCGCCCCAUAAGCCAAGCAUGCCACGCCUACUGCAAGGCCGCGGGUCUUGAUCAGGACUUGAUGGUUGCCGUGACGACUAUUAUUAUCUUUUUCGUGGUGGUUAUUUUGGUUGGGGCCUUUUUGUGGGUGAAUCAUAAUGAGGAGUGGGAUCGUCUCCCGAGAGGUACAUGUAGAUGCACAUGUAUAUGUGGUCGACGACAGAAGGAGGAUAUGGAUCUUGAGAGGCAGGGUGGUGGACAGGGAAAUGGAGAGGGAGAGGGAGAGGGAGGUGGACAGGGAGGUGACGGUGAAGGGGUGAAAGGGGGAUAUAUGGACGUGUUGUACGGCGGUAGCGAUGGUGAUAGGGACGGGGACGGGGACGGCGACAGUGACAGUGAUAGGGACAGGGACAGGGACAGUGACGGCGACAGAGACAGCGGUAAUGAGAAGGAUACCUAG